UGCAACUCCGUCCAAUGUCCGUCUAUAAAACACUCCUUUCUAAGCUGUUUGACUUAGAAAGAAUCUGAUUGCAAGGACUCACCCAAUAUAUUUAUAAAAGGACCACGGAAGCCACAAUGUUUCCAUCAAUGCUGACCUUGUCACUUGUGUUAUUUGUCUUCUCAACAAACUUAGCCAUGGCAGUCAAAAAAAAGACUCGUCCUCCACAGACAUUGUCAAGAGGAUGGGGGAAUGAUAUUACAUGGGCACAAACUUAUGAAGAAGGACUAUACAAUGCAAAGAAAAGUAAUAAACCUCUGAUGGUAAUUCACCAUUUGGAAGAAUGUCAGUAUUGCCAAGGAUUAAAGAAAGCUUUUUCUGAUAGCAAUGAAGCCCAAGAAUUAGCAAUUGAAAAACUUAUAAUGUUAAAUAUCAUGCAUGAAACUACAGAUAAAAACCUUGCGCCAGAUGGGCAGUAUGUUCCUAGAAUUUUAUUUGUUGAUCCAUCUCUUACAGUUCGAGCUGAUAUUACAGGCAGAUAUUCUAACCGUCUUUAUACAUAUGAGCCAAAUGAUUUACCGUUAUUGAUAGAUAAUAUGAAGAAAGCACUACAUCUUCUUCAGACGGAACUAUAAAUUCAUUGAUCUGGACAAUUACAUGGGAUUUGACUGGAUGGCAACCGACAUCUUUUUUAUGUUGGCGUUCGUGCAUCUAGUACAGUAACCUGUAUCAUUGAACUAAUACAUAGUAAAUAACUAAACAGCACUGAAGGAAAGUAUAAGAAAUGUUACAAUAUUAUAAAACGGAAACUCAA